UUGAGCGUCUUCCCCGCUGCGCCCGAUUCCCCGCCUUCUCCAUCCGGGUGCCGCGGCGCGGAUAAGAACCGCACCGCGCCUGCGCGCCCAGCCCCACUCCUUCGACCUCUGCCGCCGCCGCCGCCGCCUCCUGGAAGAAAGCGGGAGAGGAGCCCACGUCGCCUGCCACCGAGUCUCCAGCCGCGCCGCCCCAGGAGUGUAAGAUGUUCGCCUGCGCCAAGCUCGCCUGCAGCCCCGCUCUGAUCCGAGCUGGAUCCAGAGUUGCAUACAGACCAAUUUCUGCAUCAGUGUUAUCUCGACCAGAGGCUAGGAAUGGAGAGGGCUCUACAGUAUUUAAUGGGGCCCAGAAUGGAGUGCCUCAGCUAAUCCAAAGGGAGUUUCAGACCAGUGCAAUCAGCAGAGACAUUGAUACUGCUGCCAAAUUUAUUGGUGCAGGUGCUGCAACAGUAGGAGUGGCUGGUUCUGGUGCUGGUAUUGGAACAGUCUUUGGCAGCCUUAUCAUUGGUUAUGCCAGAUCAUCACAAAGAAGGACAUGCAUUCAGUCAAAUGCUGUACAAGUCAGAGGGAACUACAGCCAUUGCCUCACUGAUGAAAAAGACCCUAAUGUAAUUUUUAUGGGAAUUAUUUUAUAUAGUGUCUGAACAUUGUAAAUUAUAGGGUUUUUGAUUAUUCAUUAAAGCAGAAAUAUUUGAAUGCUUU